AUGAACUUUCAAGAGCCGUGGUCCGCUGCCACAAAUGCGGACGGCUUUAGUCUCAACAGUGACUCACGAACUCAAAAGGUCAAGGAAUCCUUAAAAUUGCUGAAGGAUACUUCAGAUCCAUGGUCAGCGCUAGCGUUGCUUAUAAGUGAGGAGGAGAGCCAAGUUGGUCGUUUCAAGCAGCUACUCCAGCAAGUAGCGGGUCAAGUUAACGACAUUAGCAGGACAUCUGUACCUCUGCUUGUGUACGCGAUUGUGUUCAAUCAUCCCGAGUAUAUCGAGUUGCUACACGAGACAAGGGAUCUGGAUGUCAAUAUUGCAGAUGGGUUGACAUCAUACUCUCCAUUAAUGUGGUGCUUCCAUUUACAACAGCAGGAGUGUUGUGUUGAGCUACUGAAUUACCAGGAUGAACUGCAAUUUGAUUACCGCAAUAGUAGCAGCGCCACUGCUCUCGACUUACUGGUCCCGGGGACUGAAAUGUACGAAUUUGCCGAGCACCAUGGAUUAUUAGAAUUAAAACACUCUCCAAAGGUUGAAGACAUAUUUGGAUCAUCUGGGGACUUAUACAAGGCGCCUGUUAGACUUGACGAACUUGAUCGGACCAUGAAUGAUAAAAUUCGCCUACAGACGGUUGGUUUAGCUGUUGCAGAUGAGGCGGGUAUAUCUGCUAGUUUAUAUCAACCGCCAGAUACUGGGAGGCCCACUACACAGGAAGCUGCUACUAUUCUCUUUGAUUACGAGCGACUUUUACCUGGCCAAUUUAUCGAAUUUGCAGACUUUGAUAUUAUCCAGAUUUUGGACACACUUGUUGAUUUGCCUCAGCGCAGGCCACAUGAUACUGUUUGCCCAGCUGCACUGAUAUUCCAGUGUCUGCGCUAUGCAAGAAGGAAAAGUCAGCGUUCCGAAUUGGUAGAGAGUACUUUUCACCUGUCGAUCACGAGAAUCUUAUCUUCUCAACAAGCAAACCUUGGUGGAGUGGUGACAGGAAAUAACGGCGAUAUAGUAAGCCUGUCAUAUUGGCUAAGUUGUCUGGCGUUUCUGUAUUACUUCCUGUAUCGGGAUGAAACAUUCUUUCGCACGCAUCCACUUCUCCUGCAGGAGCUCAUAAAUGCAAUGCAAUCUUUAAUGAUGGAGUUAUGUUCUUCCGUCCACUCUCGAGUGGAAAAACUUCUCGUACCCGCAAUUCUGUCUCACACCACUAUCAUUGAUGUAAAGCAGACGCUUUAUAAGAAAGACUGGAACUUCUUCAAGAAGAAGAGACAGUCGCAUAAAAAGGGGCCAGAUUCAUAUGACGAAAUCCUGCGCAUGUUAUAUCCUCCCUCAAUCGAGGAACAGAUGAAACCUGCUCCGAUAAAAAUUGUCCAAAUUUUUGGUGCACUAGCUUAUGUGUUAGAAUCCCAUCAGGUGCAUCCGCUUCUAUCGAUGCAAUGUCUAUCAACAAGUAUUGAAUGGUUUUCCACGUCUAUAUUUAACAUCAUGGUUAGCAGUAAAAAAUAUCUGUCAAGGGCCCAAGCAAUGCAAAUAAGGCUAAACCUUUCAACAAUUGAAGAUUGGGUUAAAAACCAUGACAUGACUGUCCCCAAAUCUAAAAUGGUUGAUACCUUUAUUUGGGAAAGAUUCCCAUACACUUUGCUAAAGCCAAUCUCAGAAAUUAAUCUGAAGCAACGGACACUAAGAAAUAUAACGAUGUAUGCUCCCGUUAAGAAGGAAGAGGAACUUGUAAUGGAUCCAACAAAUACCCUGUUCUACUACCAGUCAUUCAGCCGUAUUGCACAGAUACAUCUAGAACCUGUCCACCAAUUAUUGCAAUGGCUACAAGUGGCCUCCUCUAUUGAUGAUGAGGCCUCUCUAUCGAAUGCUAUGAAUUUAUUAAAUGCAUUAAAUCCUGCGCAAUUACUAAAGGUGGUUGAAAAAUAUCGCUAUGAAGUCGAUGAAAAACGGUUUGACUCUAACCUCAAGAAACAGCUGGCUAAUAUGGCUAAAAAUGAAAGCUGCAGUGUGCUUUUCCCUGAGAAAACGCAGCCGUUGGUGAUUUUGCCCAUGAUGAGCGAACUCACUGAACUAUAUGUCACCGUUCCCGAUGCAUAUAGGUUUGUUCCACUACUACCAGAUGAUGUCAGAGAAGAUAUUGAGAUUCUUCACGAGCGCAACGUACGGGACAGAUCUUUGGAAGUACAGCAGACGAAGCAAGAGCCUUCUAUUACUGAUGACGAAAAUGAGGAGGAUGAUACUAGCUCAAAUGAUCAUAGGAAGAGCACCACGUAUGAACCUUCAGAGAAUGGCAAUAUAUUUGGCACAAUAAAUGCACCUGGUAAUGCAAUUCAACGAGGUGACUGGCAAGAAUCAUCUACGAUUGAAGAAAAUCCAUGGUAA